AUGGUUACCUGUGAAGAAACCUCGUGCACUAUGUUACCGUCGGCUAUUUGUCUCCAUUGUAAUCGCCGUCUGUGCAAUUCACAUAUCGUCGCACAUGGAGUAGUUCUUCUGGGAGAAGCUGAUGAAUUAUGUCGACAGAUAAGUGAAGUAGCAGAGCAUUUAAAUAAUUCUUCCAAAGAAAUUCAAGUAAAACAUAGUGAAGCUGUUGCUGCGCUUGAUGUCUGGCGACAGAAAGAAAUCAAUCAAAUUGAAGAUCAAUAUGCGAAAAAGAUUCAAGUAAUCGACGCAAAACAAGAUUAUCUAAUUGGUCUUGAGAAUAAGUUGACAUCACGACUUACUAAGAAUGCUCGAAAUCCUUUGGAACAGAUGCAAAUCCAAACAAACGCAAGCCGUCAAAUGGUUGAAACUAUUGAACAAGUUCUUGUGGAAUUAAAACACGAAUCACAAAAUCAUCCCUCCAUUGAUGAACAUAUUCGAUGUACAUCGGUAAAUUCAUCGGCUUUUGUACCGUUGGUUCAACCACAAUCUGAAUGUAACCAAACAAUCGCUUCUAAUGUCGUAUCAUCAGCACAAUCUCCUUCCAUCGAUUCACCGAUUGACCUUCAGCAUCUUCCUGUUCAACCAUGCCAAAAAUUUAUCGAUUUCUUUUUAAACGUAUCCGGUUCACAUGAUCAGUCCAUAAAUAACUUCCUUAAGAACUGUCCCAAUCCGACAGUUUAUUUGAAUAACUUCAUGUGUGUCCUUCUAUCUUUCCUCGAAGCAUGGCAUUCGAAAAGCUCACCAAAAGUUUUCAACGAACGUGUUUUAUCCUAUCAUAUUUUUACAAUAAAGAACCACAUAACUAAUCAAGACUCUCAACGAGUUAUCAUCGCUGCAAUCCUUGUAUAUAUUCACUCAUGUAAUUAUGAUGAAAUUCGAUCAGGACAAAUCAUGAGUAAUCUCUUCCAUCAGUUCCUCGAUCAUAAAUGUCUUUCAAAAGCAUUUAUUCUUGAUUGGUACGAAAACAGUGAUCAAUGCAACUAUCCAAACAUUCCCCAAUCAAAACAGUGGGCUACAUCAUUUAUUAACCGCUUGAAUCCCCCGAAGCAAUCGAAGCAAAUAUGA